CUACUCUGCUGUUCCUUUUCCAGCAAACUUCAGGGUUUGUUGUGUGGCAGAGAGCAGCUUCCUGUGUCCAGGAUUUCUCCAGGUGGCUGCAGCAGGAAGACUGGGACUCUGCCCCGCCUCCCACCCCCUCCCAACCAGCACAGGUGCACAGAGGCCAGCUGGGUCUAUUCUGAAGCAUCAUGGAAGAUAACACGGAGCAGCCACCGUCCCUGUCCCAGCUGUUAAGAGUGAGCUACGUUGCAGAGGCCAGAGCCCAGCAUCGCCACAGCGAGACGAGUCGCUCUGAUGCCUCUCCCUCCCGCCUUCAGAUUUACGGCUCCCUCAGAGGUAAAGGAGAGGAAGCCGUGGGACACAAUGACGCACAGUUCCCAGAUCUGUCAGCUUUCCUCAGCCAAGAGGAGCUGGAUAAGAGUGUGAACUUGGCCCGGCAGGCCAUUGGACAUGAGACCCUUGAGCAGACAGGGGAUGUUAAGGUCUUGGUGAAGCCGGUAACCACCUCCACCAGUGACUCCAUCAACCACCUCUCCUCAGCCUCCGUUUCUUUAUCCACACCUUCUGCCGUUCCAGUCUCAGACCACUCGCCUGCCUCUUUUUCUGCUCCUCCUGCUUCUACGUCCACAUUGCUUACAUCCGACAAAAAGAUGCACAACAGGCAAGACAACAUGGUGAGGAACAGUGUGGACGGAACUGAGGCAUAUAAGGAACGCAACAGUUCAGCUAGAGGCACCCCUUAUGGACCGGAGACCCAGUCCAAGAAAGAGUUCCUCAAUAAGGCAGCAGACUUUAUCGAGGAGCUGUCUUCACUCUUCAAGGCCAACAGCUCCAAACGGGUCCGACCAAGAACUUGCAAGGCCCACAGGAGCAGGAACCAGAGCAAAAGCCAAACCGAUGAUGUGGUUUAUCCCAUCAGCUCAGACAGCAGGGAGCGUACCAUCCGGCCUGUGGAGAUGGAGCAAGAGAAACCUACCCCAGCAGUGGUCAACCAACCUGUGGUAGAUCAGGACUUGGGGAGUUUGGAGUUCCAGGACUCCGGUGUUCCUAAAGAAGAGCAGUUUGACAGUGUUACUCAGGAAAUAGGGGAUGUAGAUGAACGUCUUGUACUGACAGAGAGUCCACAUCAAGGAGAGUCAGCGUGUGAGCCCCCCCAUUUCAUCCAAAAGCUGAAGAGCAGGGAGGUUCCUGAAGGUACCAAGGUCCAGCUAGAUUGCAUCGUAAGGGGGUAUCCUGUGCCAGAAGUCCGGUGGUUUUGUGAGGGAAAGGAGCUGGAAAACAGCCCCGACAUUCAGAUCAUCACAGACGGCGAGCUGCACUCUCUCAUCAUCGCAGAGGCGUUUGAGGAAGACACCGGACGCUACUCCUGCUUUGCUUCUAAUGUCUAUGGGACGGACUCCACGUCGGCUGAGAUAUACGUUGAAGGUGCUUCCUCUUCAGACUCUGAGGCCGAACAGUGCUUUGAACAUGUAGCCCAGCUGCAGCGAAAACCAGCAAAGUCAUCUCCAUCUUUACCCCAACCAUCAAACCAAACUCCACCUGCGAAGGAGGGCGGCUCUGCAGCACCGCCACCUGCUGCGCCCCCGGCCCAACCACAGGAGGAACUUUCAUUAGAACAUACCCUCACUGCUCCACAAGUUUCUCUACCAGUCCGGACAUCUGCCAUUAUUCUCCAAGUGCCAGAGCUCUCCAAAGUGUCCCUGGUUCCUCCUGCUGAGGAGGAGCAGACAGUCCUACCUGAGCAGGUGUUUCCAACCUCAGCAGGGGGAACAGAACAUACAGAAACUCAGUCUGCAUCAGCAGCUGUCCCGGUCCUUUCAGCACUGCAGCUGGAGCAGGCAGCUGAAGCCACAUCUACGGCGCCGCCUGUGUCGUCCAUCCUGUCACCUGCAGCACAAACUUCCCACCUGCAGACUUCAACUAUCAGCCAGCAUCAUUUAGAAGAAAUAAACGAACAACCUGUCAUGGCAGCCCCAGUGUUCACAAAGAGCCUGCAGGACCUGAGCGCAUCAGAAGGCCAGCUGGUGGUGCUGGAGUCCCGUGUGAGAGGAGUCCCAUCCCCUCGGGUCAACUGGUACAGGGAGGGAAAACUCAUAGAGGACUCUCCUGACUUCCGAAUCCUACAGAAGAAGCCCAGAUCUCCGAUGGAAUCAGAGGAAAUAUGCACGUUGGUCAUAGCUGAGGUUUUUCCUGAGGAUUCAGGGAUGUUUACCUGCACAGCCAACAACAAUUAUGGAACAGUAUCCAGCACUGCUGCUCUGAGGGUCCAAGCCAAUGGCAGCAGCAGCUCCCAUGCGAGGCCUUUCAGUGGCUUACAGUCAGAGUCCCGCCGAAGCCAAGAGCUCACCCCAUCGGGUGUGAACUGUCAACCAGAGGUUACAGUGAGUGGCAGCAUCAAGCCCCACGCCAGCACCGUCCGCCUUGAACCGCUGGUUUCCAGCACGUUACGCCUGGAACCUUUAAACACCAGCACCCUCCGUCUGGAACCCUCCAUCCUGAACCUCAGUGCAGCCUCCGUCCACCGGGAGCUGCAGGGACCCAGUGGAGCACAUCAUGAUCACCAGAGCCAAAGGCAGAUUUUCUCCAGUCAAAGACCCUUCACUGUUUCCCCUGCAGUGGUGAAUACGUCUGAGCAGAAGGCGCCUGGACCUUCAGACCGAGGCCCCCAUGCUAAGGCCGCCCUGACCCCCCCUAACGGCAGCUCUGGUGUGGUCCCUUUGCCCGACCCUCCGCCUAACUCCUGCCUGAAAACAGGCACCCUGACAAACCACAGAGACUCCCGCUCCAGCUCCAGAGUCGGCCUGCGAGUGCACUUCAAACUCCCCGAGGAUGAGGAGGACGAACAAGGGGACACCUCUCACAACUCUGAUGAAGACCUCAAUCUGGAACUGUCCAGCAAAGAGCCUCCACCAGUGCUGGCCAAACCCAAACUGGACCCGGCUCAGCUCCAGCUGCUGCACAACCAGGUCCUCAUGGAGCAGCAGCAGGAAAAUGAACCUCACGCCAAACCGCAGUCCCAACCCCCAUUCCAGGUCCAGGGUCCCAUAGAAUCUCAGCUGUGGUCUGCCAGAACCCACCGUGAACCCCAGGGGUCAUCCUUUCAGUCACAUCAUGUUCCUCCAUCUGCGGCUCCACUCAGCUCCACCGCACCUCCUGCUCCUUCGUUCAGCUCCCCCCCAGCACUUAGCUCCAGCUCCUGGACCCCUCCUCCUUUUCCUCACCUCAGCACGCCCCCCCUGGUUGGUCAGACCAACACCUUCCACUCCUCCCAUCUGAACCUGUCCCCUGCAGCUGUGAGCAGAGCUGCACCUAAAGUCAGCUUCAGUUCCCCCCCUGCACCCAAGCUCAGCACAGUUCCAUCAGAUUCAGCCUCCACCUUGCUGCAGAUCACAUCUCCAACUCCUCAGCUCAGGAGCACCCACGCCUCCCUCAUGAACCUGACAGCCGUUUCCUUCAACUACACCCGGCCUAAGGAGUUCAUAGCAGCGCAGACCUUCUCACCUGUCAGGAGUCCUUCUCCCACAGAAUCCCCGGUUCCUCUGCUCCAAGAGCUGGCUGCUGGGCUCAACUCUUCGGCAACCAGCUCCCCGAUCCCCCCGCCGUUCUCUCCACCACUCAGAUUCUCCCCUACAAGAAUUCUCAAGUCCCCCACCAGCCCUCCAUCCAACCUGUCGUCACCCACUCCGGGGCAGGGGCCCUUCCUGAACAGCACACCCGGCCUACGAGCCCAGUCCCCCCCUCAGGCCUCCUCUCCUACCUCCAGCACCUCCUCCCCCAGCCCCAUUCAGAACCCGGUGGCCUUCCUCAGCUCCGUCCUGCCUUCUCUGACCCCGAGUCAGCCCACCAACUCAAUGGGCCUUCCCAAAGGAGCUCCAUCAGGGGUCAGAAAGAAGACCCCCAAAACACGUCUGCCAUCAACUGGAGGCAUCCAUGAAAGCAAGGAGAUUCUCCUACAGGACAUCCAGAAGAAACUCCGAUUUAAAACUGAGGCUCCUCAAUUGGUACAUCAGCAGAAGCUGAGUAAUCAGGGGAAAACAGCGAGCAGACUCCUUGGACCAAACAUUGCUGCUACUGUCAUUAACUAUGAUGAGGAGUACAAAGUGUCCAAUUUCGAGCAGCGGUUGAUGAGUGAGAUCGAGUUCCGUUUAGAGCGGACGCCGGUGGAGGAGUCGGACGAUGAGGUGCAGCACGACGACAUCCCCACUGGGAAAUGCAUCGCGCCGCUCUUCGACAAGAAGCUGAAGAACUACAAGGCCAUGGAAGGCGUGCCCGUAACUUUCAGCUGUAAAGUUUUGGGGGUCCCUCCUCCAAAGGUUUACUGGUUCAAGGAUGGCAAACAGAUCCUGAAGAAGAACACUCACUACCAGAAGAUAAGAGAAGGUGACGGGACCUGCUCCUUACACAUCGAGUCCACCACCAGUGACGAUGAUGGAAACUACACCAUCAUGGCAGCCAACCCACAGGGACGAAUCAGCUGUUCGGGACAUUUGAUCAUCCAAUCUGGACCUCCACAAAGCCGGCUGACGCCUAUCCAGUCUCAGAGGGUUCGAGCUCGCAUCCAGGAGGUUGAAGGAGAACAAACCCAGGAGCGUUUCUUCCAACCUCACUUCCUCCAGGCUCCUGGAGACAUGACGGCUGACGAGGGGAGACUGUGCAGACUGGAUUGCAAAGUGAGUGGGCUCCCCAACCCUGAGCUCAUGUGGCUGGUCAACGGGAGGCCCAUCUAUCCAGACUUUAACCACAAGAUGCUGGUGCGGGAAAAUGGCAUCCAUUCUCUGGUCAUUGACCCCGUGACGCAAACUGAUGCGGGAACGUAUACCUGCAUUGCAAGUAACAAGGCGGGGCAGAGCUCCUUUAGUCUGGAACUGAAAGUCGUUGAGAAAGAGAGGAAGCACCCGCCUCAGUUCCUGGAGAAGCUACAGAACAUGGGCAUCCCUGAGGGGGCCCCGGUGAGGCUGGAGUGCCGCGUGGCGGGAAUGCCGCCGCCAGCCAUCUUCUGGAAGAAGGACAAUGAGACCAUUUCCAAAACGAAGAGCAGAAUGAGCAUGAACCAGGAUACCACAGGAUAUGUGUGUCUUCUUAUUCAUCCAACAACAAAGGAUGAUGCCGGCUGGUACACAGUGUCAGCAAAAAAUGAUGCUGGAGUUGUAUCUUGCACCUGCAGACUUGAUAUCUAUGCUCAGUGGCAUCAGAGUAUCCCAGCACCAAUGAGGAAAGCUCCACGAACGAGCAGCCGCUACGCCGCUCUGACAGGCCAGGGGCUCGACAUUAAGUCGGCUUUUUCCACGUCAGACACCAGCCCCAUCCUGUUCGCCAGCUCGCCUCCAGAGUCCACCCUGGAGAGCGAGGAGCUGUGAGCGCACGCCGUCGUGGGGAUCCUUGGAGGACUUUCUGUGGCCCCCGAAGACACAAACAGGAGGAAAAAAAAUUAACCAAUCAGAUUUUGUGUGAUACGUUUGAAGAGUAACAGUCAGAUUGCAGCAGCGAUGUCAUUCGUUAAAACAAUCAGCACUAAUAGAUUUUUUUUUCACCAUUCCUAUUUACUCAAAACAUUUAAACAAAGUGUUACAUGCAGAAAAAAAAAACAUACAGUCUUAGCAAAGCCUCAUGAGCCACUUGUGGAGAUGGAUAUUUCUCUCGUUUGGGUUUGACUGAUAUGCUUUUGACUUAAUAAUUAGCUGUAAAGAAAAGAUGAAUGCUUAAUGCUGCUGACAUCUGCUCUUGUUAGUCCUGGUCGUUUACCACCUAUUAUUACUGCAAAGCCAACAUACCUGUACUGCUCAUAGCGAUUACAAGUUAUUGCUUACCAACAUCCAAAUGUAUGAGUAUAUGCAUGCAUACAGACACUUUUCAGGUCCUUUUACUUGUUUUUUUUUUGUUUUGUUUCAUUUGUUUUUCUCAAAUUAGAAAUAGGAAUAGGCUUAAACUUUUUUCUUACCAAUUUAUACAAAAUUUCCCCAAAUUAUAAUGUGGAUCCUUUCAGAGGAAAUCUUGAAUAAUGCCAUCGGUGAUACUGUUGAUAACAAAAAAAAAACCUAAAUACACACAGUACUCUGAAAUAGUACAGUUUACAGAUAUUUCCUACUUUUGUCUUUUUUUUCACACAAGAAUGUCUCAAACAUCAAAAGUAAGGGAAGAAAACUUAUCCAAACCAGCCUGACCUCACCUGAAAAAAGUGUUUAACAAUCUUUGUCUAUGAUUAAUUAGACAUAUUUGGUUCAGUUUCACUACCCAAACCCAGUCCUGAUUAUUACAGAAUCCAAACAGAACCCGUCUGACAACAUGAAGUAGGAAAUAAUAUGUCAAAAAAGAGCAAAUCCCACCAAUAUCUGAAGAAAUUCAAGAGAAUAUGUGAAAUAUGUGCUAAAAUUAGUCUGGGAGAGUUAACAAAAUUAUUUCUAAAGCUUUACGACU